AUGGAGCAGCCUCCCCGGGGGACUCUGCGCUCUCUCGGAGCAGCAGCUGAAGAGACGGCGACCCCAGCCCCGGGCAGCACCCAGCUCCUCACAGACACCGCUGAGGCCGGGGAAGAGACCCUCAGCCUCCAUUUCCCGUCAGGGUGGUGUCAGGAGAGGCGGUUGGGAGGAGGAGGAGGAAAAGGAGGAGGAGCAGGGAGUGUCCGCGCCGCCAGUGCCGCCGUUAUGGCGGGGUUCGUGCGGGAGCUGGAGCGGCGGGGCGGGCCGGCUCUGCGGCUGGAGCAGCGGGGAUCCGGCGGGGUGGGCUGCGUGGUGUGGGACGCGGCUUUGGUGCUUGCUAAAUUCCUGGAAACCGGCGCUUGUCCUCUCGCCCGCCGAAACGUCCUGGAGCUGGGCGCUGGCACCGGUGCCGUGGGUAUCAUGGCGGCCACGCUGGGGGCCAACGUGACGGUCACCGACCUGGAGGAGCUGCAGGAGCUGCUGAGGGUGAAUAUCGAGAACAACAAACACCUGGUGACAGGGUCAGUCCGAGCCAAGGUACUGAAAUGGGGUGAAGAUGUAACAGAAUUUCAGCCUCCCCCUGAUUACAUACUAAUGGCUGAUUGCAUUUACUAUGAGGAGUCAUUAGAACCAUUGCUGAAGACACUGAAGGACCUUACUGGCCCCAAUACAUGCAUCUUGUGCUGUUAUGAACAGAGGACUGUGGGGAAGAAUCCUGAAAUUGAGAGAAAAUACUUUGAGCUGCUUCAAGUGGACUUUGAGCUGGAAAAAAUUCCCCUGGAUAAGCACGACGAGGAGUAUCGCAGUGAAGACAUCCAGAUCCUGAAUAUCCACAGGAAGCAGAGGAAUUUUCCAUCGUGAGAUCUCUGACCACAGUAUCUGUCCUCUGGCAGCUGGUGGAGCUCUGGAGAAGAGGGAGAGGGUAUAGAAUAACAGCACAGAGGGACUGUCUCCAGUGUGGCUUGUGACUCAUCGACAGAAAACGGCUCCUUGGUGGUGGCCUUGGCAUGAAGCAGCAGCAGAAGUGGGUUUGUUGGAGCAAAUCCCCUUAUAGCACCUCCCAAGAGGACAGAUGGGAGCUGGUGGUGUCUGCAGGCAGAAAAGGGAACCAGAACUUCCUCCAGAGCAGUGCUGGGUGCACCUUCUGGUCACCUCUGGUGGUUGGAGCAGCAGAAAGCUUCCCAAAUGCUGAUGGAGCAUUUCUGAGAACUCACUGGAGCUCUGGGAGGAGAAAACUGCAAGUGAGCUCAGUCACACACCCCCCUCAGCC